AUGGAUCAGAUUAAAAUAUUAUUAAGUCCAGUUUCUUACUUGAUUUUUAUAGAAAUUAACAUUGUCGCAAGUUUUGAAUUCUUUGAAUUUAAGAUAAUGUAUCAGAAGAAUGAUUUAUUAAUCAAUAAAUUAAUGGGAAUUUGCAGCUCUAAAAAAUCUGAUAAGGAAGCAGGAAUAUAAUUAUAAAUAGAGAAAACAGUAGCUGAAUAGAAAAAACUUAAAAUAGAAGAGGAGCUUUAAGUAUAGCAUUCAACAAGACGUUCAAUUUGUAAUUAAUUUUCUACACUUAACACAAAUGGAAAUGCUAUUACACUUCAUUAAGCUGAAUAAGAUGUUUAAGAAAAUUAAGAUGGUGAGCCAUAACAACCACAACAGUCAUAAUAAGCUAAAGCUUCAAAAAAGAAGCCUAGAUCAACAAAAGAUGAUGUAAAUUACUAUAGAAGAUCAGAUCAUGUACUCAAAGCCUUUUCUUUAGUAGUUGAAUUAACUUAAAAUGAACAAAAAAAAUAUUAUAAUAUUACAAUUGGAACAAAAAUAAAAGAUUGUGUACAUUAUGCUCAUGUAAAUGGAAUUUUGAUUACUCAAAAUGAUUUUGAACUUUUUAAUUUGCAACCAGAUACAUUUAAAGAAGCUAAUAAAUAUUCUCGAAUACCAACUUUUUUUUCUACUGAUAAUUAUUUUAAUAUCGAUAAAGAAAGUCCUAAUAGUUUUAUUUCUUUUGAUAAAUUAUUAAAUGUUGAAAGAAAGAUUGCAUUAAAAUAAACUCAUGUUAGAUCAAAGAAGAAAUAGAGCAUAAUAUAAGAAUAACAUUUAAAUUAAUAAAAAGAAGCUGACUUUAUUUUGACAUCGAAUUUAGAAAUGUUAGAAAUUAUAACUGUUGUUGAUAUUGAAUAAUAAUCAAGAUUUUUAAAUGUGUUAUUUCAUAUGAUCCUAUAACACUAUCAUUAAAAUCUAGAUUAAUAUUUAGUAUUUAUAAUAAAUACAACAUUUUUGUUUGAUAUACCUCCAUAAUUUGAUUAACCAAAUAUGUAUAGAUUGGCAUUGUUUUAUGAUAGUCUCUCUUAUUCUUUAAAAGAUCUGUAAUAGAUUUUAUUAAAUGAUAAAAGUGAAUUAAGUAGUUUCCUACAUAAAAAAUUGUCAUUAAAUUUAAUAGAGAUUCUUAUUAAUUGUUAUGAGAAAUAUCUUUAUAGACUUAAUUUUACUUUAUCUACAAUAUUUUAUGUUCCAAAAUAUAAAUCAUUUAAAUUAGAAUCCUUUGGUAGAAUGAAAACAUUAAUAGAAUUUGGUUAAAAUCCAGAAGUUGUUUUAAAGACUUUAGAGGAAAAGAAAUAUAAGACAUUUGCAAAAAGUUUUAAAAAAGAUUUAUUUGCAAUAACUGAUAUAAUAAUAUAUUUUAAAAGAGUUUAAAACUAAAAUUUAAGAUCCAUAACAACAACAAGAAAAAAGUAUUUUGUUAAUAUGAAGAAAAAUCAUUUAGAGAAUUUAGAAGAUGAAAAGAAUUAUUGUUUAUUAGCUGAGAAAUUAUUUUGUCAUGAUCAAGAUCGUUAUCUACUUGAAUUUCUUAAAAUGGCAAUAUAUUCAUAUGAAAAUACUGAUGUUGAUAAAUUGAUAUAAGAUAUCAAAUAAGUUACAAAUAGUCUUCAGAAAGAAUUAAAUGAUGUAGAUUUUUAAUAAGAUUCAAAGUAAUUUGAUUAAUAAGAUUAAAAUUAAGAAUAAUAAAAAUUAUCUAAUUCAAAUUCAGUUGAUUUAGAUGAUUUGAGUGAAGUUAAAUAAAUGGAAAGUUUUCCUGUGAAUAUUUGUGAAGAUUACAAAUCUAUUGCCUUAAAUAAAGAUAAACUUUCAGAAGUAGACUAAACUUAUUUAGAAAUAAUUUAUUAAUCUUUAUUAUAUAAUAAUAGAUUUUAAGCUUAUUAUGAGAAAUUUCAAAAUUUAUAGAAACCUAUCUUUUAAAAUUGUUAUGUGGAAAUUCUUAAUAUUUUCUAUUUUAUUAGACAAAUUCCAGAUGAUUCAUGGUAAGAAAAAUUAAAAAUGGUUUCUCAAAAAAUGGAUAAAGUUAUUGAUAUUAUUAAAACAAUUAAAGAUGAUAGUGUUGAUAAUUUUCAUAUUACUCUAUUAUUUUAAAUAAUGACAUUAUCUUAAAAGAAGCCAUUUGUAAUUUUAAAUUAAUUAUCAAAAUGUAUAUCUAAUCAAUUAAAAUAGAAAAUGUAAAUGGAUCAUAGAUUAAGGAGUUAAAAUUAAGCAAAAGGAUUGCUUGAAUAAAAAAAACAUGUAAUGUUAUAAGUUUGGUCAGCUUUAUCUUAUCUUAAUUCAGAUAAUUAUUUUUAAGCAAUUAGUAAAAUAUAAAAAGCUAUAGGAUUCUAAUUGAAAAAUUAACAUUAAGCAUCAUUAUCAUAUGGUUAUUCAUUAUUAGUCAGUGGUGAAAUUGCAAGAAUAAGUUUAGCACCAAUUUCAGCUAUGUUAAAUUUAGAGAUGAGUUUAGUAAUUUACAAUUAAUUCUUUCCAGAAUUCAAAUCUAUUGAAGAUUAAUAAGAUCUAUAAGAUAAAUCAGAAUAUAAUCCAUUUUAAAUAAGAUAUAAAGAUAUUAAAGUCAAAAAUUUAGCUACAAGUAAUAAAGCUAAAGUAGAGUUUCUACUUGGAAUGAGUUACUUUGAUAUACAUGAUUAAGAAAAUUCAUUAUUAUGUUUAAAAAGAGCUUAAGAAUUAAUGUUAAGAUCAUUUCAUAUUUAUGCAGAAGAAGUAGUGUUUUUAGUAUUAUAAUAAUUAUGGAUUCAUGUCUUAUAGGAUGAUAUAGGACAUGCUAUGAAUAUUGCAUUAUUUUAUGCUAAUGAUAUGAAUUAAUAAUAUAGAAAUGGAAGAGAAUUUAAAAAGAAGAUAAUUUCUAAAUUGUAAUUUAUAAUAGGAUCUAUUUUCGAAUUUAAUGGACAAUAUUUAAGUGCAAUAAGAUUUAUUGAACGAUCUAAUAGAACAUUAACUAAAGCUAAAGGUAAUAAUUUUGUAAUUCAAAUGCAUUAUUAAGCUAAGAAAAUAUAAAUAAUUUCAAAAUUAAAAGAAGCUUUUUUCAAAAUAAAAAGUAAAUAACAAGUAAGAUGUGAAUAAGAUUUAAGUUUAUUCUAAACAUUAAAUGAAGCUCUCGGUUAGACAUUUUAAACACUAUAUUUUAAAUAACCAAUUACUCUUAAAACUUCAGUGUUAUUGAAUAAGGUUGGAAAAUAGAUAAUUCAUAUUUAAGGUUUGAUGAGAACAGAUGGUUAAACAAAAGCUAUUAAAUUAUUAGGAGAAUUAAUUAAAGCUUUAAAUAAAAGUAAAAAAGAUGAAAUAUAUGGUUUGGUUUAGGAUAAGUAUCUUAUAUUAUCUUUGGAUAAAAUGAAUCCAAAAGAAAUUGAAGGAUAAAUUCAUAGUAUAAUAGAAAUUCAUGAUAGAUAUUUAUAAUUUCCAUUAAAAUAAAAUCAUGUACUUAAAUGCUAACUUAUAUUAUUGUGUGUAUUUUUGAAAUAGAAAAACACUAAUUAAAUAUUUGAUCAUUUCAAAAAUAUUGAAUAAACUAUUGAUGAAUUUUAGAAUAUCCUUUAAUGGAAAUCUUUAUCUUCUAAUAAUAAUGAUAUUUCUGUUCAAAAUAAAUUUGAGACUAUUGUAAGAAAAGGGAAAAUUGCUAUGGUUUAUUAAAUUGCAAAUGUUACAGAAUUAAUUGAACUUUUUAAUAAAUUUAAGAAAAAAAUAUUUGAAAAUCUAUAAAAUAGAGAUAAAUUUGUAGAUAUAGCAAAUUUAUUUUAGAAGAAGAUAAUCAAUUGUUAAGCUUUUUUAAAAUUAUUGGAAACAAAAUAAGAAUGUUUAUUAGGAAGUUAUUCUUAAGUUAAAAUAAUUAAUGAAGGAGAACAAGAAUUAUAAUAAUCAGAACCAGUAGUUACUAUUUAAAGAGAAAAUACUUAGUAAUUGAAAGUAAUAGAAUAAUCAACAGAAAUUGAUACAAAAGAUAAUUAAAAAUUGGUUUUUGAUUUGAGAAGUAUUGAAGAGUUAAUGGUAGAAAAAAAGUUAGCUCAUCAUAGAAAAGGGAAAACUUAAGAAGCAAUUUAAAAAAUUGAAGAAAAAAAUGAACAUGAAAAAAUGAAUAAAUCACAUAAAAGAAAUGAAACUGAAAUUACUGUUAAUAAUGCUACAAAAAAAAAGAAAAUUGAAUAUAAAAUAAAUCCAUUUCAAAGUACUAUGAAAAAACAAUAAAAAUUGCAAUGA